GAGCAGGCUGAGGGCGUUGGGAGGAGCAGGUGGAGGAAGACGAAACCGUCUGUUUCGAUUUAAUUCUUCAACCGGCAGGGUGGAGAGGUUCAGCAGUCCGUAGCCUGGCAGUGUAAUCCUCUUGCCGGGAGGAGCAGGGAAAGCCCUCCCCAGACUGAGCCGCAGAGAGGAGCCGAGAUUAGAGCCGGACACACGGGGAGAGUUCACCGGAGUUCUUGCUCUUUUUUUGGAGCUUUUGUCCUGCUGCUGGGAGCUGAGUGAUACAGACUCUGAGGAUCAUUCACACUUCACAUCAUGAGUGGACCAACAAAUGUUCAGUACCAGUCAGGUCUUUAUGGAGAAAACAACAACAGCAGUUCUCCUAUCUCCAGCCGUGGCAAUUCGCCCAUCGCGUGUGAGCGAUGUGGGGAGGUGUGUCGUGGAGAGGUGGUGCGCGUCAAAAACACACACUUCCAUGUUCAGUGCUUCACCUGCCAAGUGUGUGGCUGUGAUCUGGUGCACUCUGGUUUCUUCCACCACUCCGGAGAGUACAUCUGCACUGAGGACUACCAGCGGCUCCAUGGGACCCAGUGUGACAGCUGCAGCCAGUACAUCACUGGGGAGGUGGUCUCUGCCCUGGGGAGGACGUACCACCCACACUGCUUCGUGUGCAGCAUCUGCAGGAGUCCAUUCCCAAUUGGAGACAGGGUGACCUUCUGUGGGAAGAAGUGUGUGUGUCAGCAGUGCUCACACACUCUGAAAAGCGACAAGCCCGUCAAGGUUCACGGGCCAAGCUACUGUGCCGGCUGUGGGGAGGAGAUCAAACAGGGACAGUCCCUGCUGGCUCUGGAGAGGCAGUGGCACGUCAGCUGCUUUAAAUGCCGAACGUGCGGCUGUCCGCUCACUGGAGAGUACAUCAGCAAAGAUGGAAUCCCUUACUGUGAGAGUGACUACCACACUCAGUUUGGGAUCAGGUGUGACAGCUGUAACCGUUACAUCAGCGGCAGAGUUCUUGAGGCUGGAGGGAAGCGUUACCACCCCAGCUGUGCCCGGUGUGCUCGCUGUCACACGAUGUUCUUGGAAGGAGCGGAAAUGUACAUCACAGGUUCAGAGGUUUGGCACCCCAUGUGUAAAGAAGCCGCUCGACUGGAGAGGAAACUGAGGCUGAGGCGCACCUCGGAGACGGUGUCCAUUUCUUCUCCGGGUUCCUCUCCUCUCCUCGGCUCCCCUCACCGGCUCAUCUGUUCCAAAGGCGACGGUGAAGUGUUGGACUAUAAGCAGCUGGCGGCUCUGCCCCGGGUCAAAGCCAUCUAUGACAACCAGAGGCCUGACAUCAUCCCUUAUCAGGCAGACCAUGCACACACACACAACUCUGAUGACACUUUGGAGAGAUACAGCUGCGUACAGUCAUUGGGCUCCUUAUCAGCCUACUCUCAUGAUCUCUUGGACGGUGUUGAGCUGAGGACGAGGCGUUCCAGCUCCGCCUUCACUGACUCUCCCUCACACAGCCGCCACGGAGGCUCCCCCCUGCAUUACUAUCUCCCCGAUUCUGAGGACAGCAACAUCUACAGGAAACCCCCCAUCUAUAAAAGAAAAGACAUAUCUGCCUCUCCGACAGUCUUUAAGAGUAAGACCAAUGAGAACCUCCUGAAUUCCAGUCGCCUUUCCACCUCCAACUGCAGCAGCAUUUAUCACCCGGACUCCAACUACUACCCAUAUACCGGCUCUCCAAAAGUCUCCAAGGUGAGGAGGUUUUCUGCCGGAGGAGAAGAGGAUGGAUGGAAUCAAAAUAUAAACAAGGGAAUUGGCAGGAUGAUCCUGAAGGAGGAGAUGAAAGCGCGGUCCGGUUGUCACGACAAUGACCAAUGGAGCAGCAGGCGCAGUUCCCGCUGUAGCAGCAAGGAGGCGCUGAACAACCUGGCCUACAGCUCUCUCAACGGCUCUCCCAAGUCCGUCAACAGUUUAGACAGCGACUCAUGCAUUGCCAAAUCAUCCUCGUUGCCAAGCUACGGCAAAAAUGGACUGAGGCAGCCUGGCAGUGCGGGUGCAGAUUAUUACCAAUAUGACAGCAGUAAUGCAGUUAAUUGGCAGAUCAGAGAAUACAAGAUCUACCCAUACGAAGCCCUAAUAGUGUCAGUCAGAGGGCAGCAGCGUCUCCCGAGUGACGUGGACCGAGCCAGACUGGAGCGUCACCUCUCCCCGGAGGAGUUCUUCAGAGUCUUUGGGAUGGCCAUGUCUGCCUUUGAUCUUCUUGUUCAGUGGAAGAAAAACGAACUGAAGAAACAGGUCCGACUCUUCUGAGAAAAUGAAUCCAUUAGAACUGUUUAACCCUAAUACAGGACCAUUGCCAACUCUGUGUGCUCUGGGAAAUAGUCUCUGCCUGCUGACCCCAGACAGUGGAACAGAAACAGGAUGAAAUAAAAGUCUGUCCUCCCUUGAGGAGGCAAAAUUAGAACCGUUGGCCUCCUGAUCUUGUUUGUUCUUCUUAAGCAAUACACAAGGCAACCAACUGGCCAAAAGGGAAGGAAAAACUGAAAGGAGGGGAAGGAAAACUCGAAGGAAAGGAUAAAACCUUUGAGAGUCAGCAUAUGGGCUGCACUGGAUCUGCAUAAGACAGAAACUUAAUGGAGGAAAUGUCUGCCUUUCCAUUUUUCUACCAGCAGAUGUCAGUGUGUUAACAGUGGCAGUAUCAUGGGGACCAGUUGGACUGUAAACUGACUACUUCCUACUAUACUGCACCAAAUGUACCUCCAUGAUGAAAAUUAGGGAGAACGUUUAGGAAGCCGAUAUGCUGCUUGGAAGACAAACUGGCAUACUGUUGGAGAGAAAAAGGAUCCAGUUUUCUCCACUCAGACACUAUUGUCAGGCACUCAUAAAUCAAUGACAAUAGUUUUGUUCACAUUAGAUUUAGAUUAAGAGAGAUUUAAUACCGGCCUAUGUUUGUUAAUUUGAUGUCAGAAUUUCUUGAAGCCAUAUCAGUGUUUAACCUAAAGCACUGAUACUUUAACCUAAACACUGAUUCUUGAAGCCAUAUCAGUGACAGACGGUACAGUACACUGAAGUGGUGCUAAGGUUUAGUGUGAAUUAACUGUGUCAUUGAAAUCAGGUUUAGUAUUAUACACUUAAAAAGUAGACAUCUAUGUUUAGCUUAUUUUAUUUAACUAUGUCAGCUUUUUCCAAUUCAUACUGUACGUGCAGCACUCGUGGGGCGGCUCAGAAUUUCAGCUGCUGGAUUACAUUUAAACCAGACUGAAGUGUGUGUGUGUGUGUGUGUGUGUGUGUGUGUGUGUGUGUGUGUGUGUGUGUGUGUGUGUGUGUGUGUGUGUGUGUGUGUGUGUGUGUGUGUGUGUGUGUGUGUGUGUGUGUGUGUGUGUGUGUGUGUGUGUGUGUGUGUGUGUGUGUGCACAAUUAAAGCAAAUGACUAAUGGAGGUUUUCAUGGAGGAUUAUACAGAUCCCCUAUUUAAGAGAGAAAAACAAUGCUCGAGUGGAGGAAGGAAAAAGGAGAGAUGAAGAACGGAGAAACUGCGGAAAUAGUAGAGUAGAGGCACAAGGAAUAUAAAGAGAAGAAAUACAAAGAGAAAAAUAGCAGUGACAAAGAAAGUGUAUUUAACAGUUGACAGGUGUCCCAAAAGGAAAGGAUUUAUGUUGGGGAUAAAUAGGUGGGAGGAGAGAAACUGAGCUGAAAUAGAUUUAAUAAAAACAGAAUGUGUUGGAUAGAUUAUGAUUGAAUGUAAAAUAGGAGAUAAUGCUGUUAUGUGUGUCUGUGUGUUUGUG